AUGGAGAAGGGGAGUGCUGGUAUUGAGGGGGACGCACAUAUCGUUCUCACCUUCGCUGACGUCGCCAUGCUAGUCAAGACUCCUCACCUCCCUCGUCUCGGCCUCCCCCUCCUCCUCAUAGCCACAAGCGUCGCCUUGGAGCGCAGGCCCCUGCGAGCAGCCUUCCUGUCAUGCAGCGUCGGACAUGGAGGACUGUCUCGCAAGCCUUCUCAUCGCGUGCAGCUGCGAGCAUGCGCUGCCAGCCUUGACGGACCGGAAGACAAGAGGCCACGAGCUCUCGUCCGUGAGGCUCGCCUUGCGCUCAUCCAAGCUGAGCUGGCGGAGCGACGGGCGAUGGAGCUGAAGGGGAGACAAGGGAUGGACCUUCUGCCCGACCUCGAGGGCUGGAUCCGAGUGAAGCUGCUGUGGCGGAGGAUGGGAAACGCCUUGUACCGCACGUGGAUCCGAGUUUUCAUGGAGGUGGCGUCCUCCGACCCCCUGCGGCUCUACAAGAGUUCGCCCUUCAUGGACGAGCGGGAGCGAAAGCGGCUGAUUGACGAAGCCUUUAACCAGCUGGAGCUGCAUGCCGGCAGUGUUGAUCGCAGGAGCUUGACGGAUGUGGUGGCGCGAGCAUGGGGUAAGCUGCCGGCAAGCAGCGUGGUGGACAAGCUCAUGGAAGAAUGCGACGCUAACCAGGACGGACGGAUCGACCGCGAGGAGUUCGAAGACGCGGUCAGAGCUCUGCUAGACUACAGCGACGCCAAGGGGAUGCAAGUGCUGCUGCGGCAGCGAGCGGUGGAGGAGAGAGCAGCGAUCUUGGAGGCUCUGAAGCAAGUGAAGCUCGAAGGAGGAGGAGCGCAAACCGCCAAGGACCUUGACAACCUCCGUCUCGACGGCAGAAUCAAACUGUGGAACAGCGCCAGCGUCGUGCUCGACAACACGACCAACGAGCGUGUCAAGGCAGAGACUAACAUCGCGAACCUUGAGGAGCAGCUCGGGCUCCGGCCGAGUCUCUUCACGCGGUUCAGGUACGUGGGGGUUCGGUACCUCGGCAUCAUCGGCUUCUUGCUCCUCGUCAUGGCCAACCACGCCAAGGCAACGCUGGCAGGAAGCAUCGCACAGGCGCUGGGAGCUUUCUCCUGCCUCGUCUACCUGGUCUUCGUCAUCUUCGCACGUCAGAUCGACCGUCUCCUCCAGAGGAUCAAAGUCCACAUGGCCCCAGACGGGUCUGGCCGCGACAGGUGGGCUCGUCGCGAGGCUGGUCGGCUGCUUGCGGCCUACGUGCAUGGCGUUCCGAUUGCAGCCGUUGCUCGUCCACAUCCCGGGCUUCGUGAAGUUGCCGUGUACCCGCGGAGGGAGGGCGAGUGGGACAUGCAGGAGCUGCAGCGCUCCAUCUCUGUGGACGGAUACAUGUCGGCAGGGCUGAGCAAGUCGCAGCUGCACAAGCAGGCGGCGAUCCAGAUGACAGGGCUGAUGGCUGAGGCUAUGAAGCACGGCAAUGCGAUCGAAGGGUUUAGAUACCUCGCCGUGCUCGAGAGACUUGUACUCUUCAGUCAACGGCCCUUGUCGCGCGAGGAUCGACAGGCACUCUUGCGGUGGGGAGUAGUGCAUGGGCACCGGCUGCUCAAGCAGCAUGCGGCAGCGUUCGAAGGGAUGGUGAAGAGCUUUCAGCAAGGAGACGAGCUGCAUCAGGUGGUCGGGGAGCUGGAGACAGCAGGAGGCGUAUCCUACGAGCGACAUCUCAAGAUGCUCGAAGCAGAAGAUGAGACGCCUCAGGGCGGCACCAGAUCCCCGUCAGCUGGAAGCCAGAUAGAGGCGGCGGCUGCGGCAGCGGAGGAGGAGGAGGUCGACUACUCGCAGGUCUUCAUCCCCUCUUGCUCUACAAGCAUGACAGCUGCUCAGGCUCUGGACACGAGCAUGAAGCGAUCGUUGGAGCGGCUUGACGAUGCCAUAGCGACAAGGUCCAAGACGGAGGCAUCAGACAAGUCAUGA